UUCCAAUAUUUCCUAGACUGACGCCGCCUUUAAAAGGUAUCCAGUCUCCAGGACAACAGCGUUGGUUACACGGCGUCGUAAAUUGUUUGUUAUCACAUUUUAAUUAGUGGCUUGGUCCACAUAACCAAACUUUUUUCAUCAUUAUGUUGUCUUAAUUAGUCGUUUGAGUGUUCAGAAUUGUCACAACAGAAACAUGUCUAACAGAAAACCGAGCAGUGCCACUGCUAGACUGAAACAAGACUACUUGAGACUGAAACGCGAUCCUGUUCCAUACAUUACUGCAGAACCUUUGCCUUCAAACAUACUCGAAUGGCAUUACGUCGUGUGUGGACCAGAGAAUACCCCAUAUGAAGGUGGUUUUUAUCAUGGGAAGCUGGUAUUUCCUAGGGAGUUUCCGUUCAAGCCACCUGCAAUUUACAUGAUUACACCCAAUGGUCGCUUCAAAACAAACAAGAAACUUUGUUUGAGUAUAUCUGAUUUUCAUCCAGAUACUUGGAAUCCAGCUUGGAGUGUUUCCACUAUUUUGACUGGAUUGUUGAGUUUCAUGAUUGAGAAGAGUCCAACUUUAGGUAGUAUAGAUACAACAGACUAUGAUAAAAGGCAGUUUGCUUAUCAGUCACUGGAAUUCAACCUAAAGGAUAAGCAGUUCUGUGAGUUGUUCCCAGAAACAGUUACUGCUAUUCAGGCUGAAAUAACCAAGAGGAGUGCAGCCCAAGCGAAUUCAGUGGACAGUCCAAAUACUUUGCGGUCAGUAGCUGAACCUAGUAGUAUUCAGUCUUGCAUUACCAACUUAAUAGUAAUAAUCGGUUUUGCUGCUUUUGCGUUCACCGUCAAAUACGUAAUGAAAACAACCGCUUCAGAAACCGAAUAAUAUUUCGUAUGAAUGGGCAAAUUUAGUUAUCUUUUCUACUUAAUAUUUAAUUUUUUUAGUAAUUUGGAUACAGCUGAAACGUCGGGAGGUUUCAAAAAAGUUUGUAGAAAAAUGAAGCAGAUGUUGUUGUAAACCUUUUGUGACUUGACAAUUUUUAAAAGCAAAAUAAAAAGUUUAUUGCUCGUUAUAA